UAGGAAUGAACUAACUCUGUGAGAUCUGAAAACAUGUCUGGAAAACUAGUUUGCAUUGCUGAUUUUGAAGAGUAUGCUAAAAAAUUCCUCCCCAAAUCAGUGUAUGAUUAUUACCGAUCCGGAGCAGAUGACCAGGAAACGCUAGCAGAUAAUGUAGCAGCAUUUUCAAGAUGGAAGCUGUACCCCCGGGUGCUCAGGGAUGUGUCAGUAAUGGACCUGUCAACCUCAGUCUUGGGGCAGAAAAUCAGCAUGCCGCUCUGCGUUGGAGCGACCGCUAUGCAGCGCAUGGCUCACGCUGAUGGAGAGACUGCUACUGCUAAAGCCUGCCAUGCAAUGGGGACAGGGAUGAUGCUGAGCUCCUGGGCCACCUCUACCAUCGAAGAAGUGGCUGAAGCAGCUCCAACUGGCCUUCACUGGCUGCAGCUUUACAUCUACAAGGACCGGGAGGUUACCAAAUCCCUUGUGAAGCGUGCGGAGAGAGCAGGCUACAAAGGGAUCUUCGUGACAGUGGACACGCCGUUCCUCGGCAGGCGCAUCGACGAUGUGCGUAACAAGUUCCAGCUUCCUCCUCACCUCAGAUUAAAAAACUUUUCAAGCAGUGACCUGGCAUUCUCCUCAGGGAAAGACUUCGGCGAAAAUAGUGGACUGGCUGUGUAUGUAGCAGAGGCGAUUGAUGCAAGCAUCAAUUGGGAGGACAUCAAAUGGCUUCGAGGGCUGACCUCACUGCCCAUUGUCGCGAAAGGAAUCCUCAGGGCUGAUGAUGCUAAGCAAGCUGUAAAGAUUGGGGUAAAUGGUAUCCUGGUGUCAAAUCAUGGAGCACGACAGCUUGAUGGGGUCCCUGCAACUAUUGAUGUCUUGCCUGAAAUCGUUGAGGCUGUGGAGGGGAAGGUGGAGGUGUUCCUAGAUGGUGGUGUAAGAAAAGGCACAGAUGUUCUCAAAGCAUUAGCUCUCGGUGCCAAAGCUGUAUUCAUUGGAAGACCUCUCAUCUGGGGCUUAGUUUAUCAAGGUGAAGAAGGAGCAAAAGAAGUUCUCCAGAUGCUGAAGGAAGAGUUUCGCCUGGCAAUGGCCCUGACAGGAUGCCAGAGAGUAGAAGAAAUUGGCAGGACGCUGAUACGAAGACAUCAAGUAGCAUUUUCCAAGAUUUAAGUCUGAAGACUAUUGCCUUGUGUGUUGCCUGUUGUACAGAAAGUGUGCUGCCAGACAAAAAGCAACUACAUUUACUCUUUGGGUCUCAUCCUGCAAUCCUGACUGAAAAGGGGUGGUCUGUAGGAGAUCACAAUUUGAAGAAAUUACUUGAAGCGAACUUUACAGGUGUUUCUGUAUUAUCCUAGACUCUUAAGGAAAGCUGCUAUACUGGGAGUUGUGAUUAGAGAUGGGCCGUUAUACAAGGCCAAUACAGAAACUUCAAGGUGUUUUGCAACAAAUGCUAAUAUUAAUUUACAUGCCUGCAAGUAACCUAGCUGGUAAAAUAAAACUAUAAACAGAAAUGUUUUGAUAGCAAACAACUAUCAAAAUGCAGAAAUUUAAAAGAUACUUCUUGCUCGCUGUUUAGAGAAACUACAUUGUAGAUCACAGAGAUUAAAUCUUGCUUUCUUAUGAACAUAGUGUCAUUUCCCUAGUGACUAAGUGCUAUUCCUUUCUAAGUGUGUGGGUUUGCAGCAUGUAGGCUGCAGGGACUCAAAGGUCUCUUAGUUGUAAAGAACUAAACAGCAAAGCAAAAUUAGAGAGGUUCUGCUGCUUAAGUGACACAAAUGCCUUUGUAAUCAGACAACCGCUAUAUCUGUGCAUCAGGCAUAGGUCAGAUCCGUGUAGCCUUAUUGCCUUCACCAAACUGUGCUGACUGCACCCACCUGGAUUAAUUUGCUGACAGUGGCAAGUGAAGGCUGAUGCUACCUGGGAGAGUUUGUAGGAUUUGCAACCAUAUGCAAAAGAGAAACUUGAGUAAUUGAGGUAUUAACCCAUGAGUUGGGAAGAUCCUAGUGGCUCUAUUCAGUUUCCAUGACACCCUUCAGACAGAUAAAUGUUAGUGUUACUCACUUUGCUUGUGAUGAGGAUAGACACACAUACAGGAUCUGCUUCUCUAUUCUCCAAACGAUCCAAAUACCCACUGAAUUCAGGAGAAAUUUUGCAACUGUACAGAACAAAGGAAUAGCUUUGUACUGCGAAGUGACCUUACCCAAAGUGAGCAGGCAGAGGAGGUAAGACUCUACUAAUCUCAUCUUGGGUAAAACUAAGGGUGGCUCUUUACCCACAACAGGAGUGUGGCAGGUUAGCAAUGUUACUGGGAGCAGGGAGAGGCCACUGCAGAAAGGUUUUGAAAAUCUUGUUCUGGAAAUUUAGUGUUCAUUUUUAAGGAGGAUUAAAAAAAAAAAAAAAGUCUUGAUUUCACUGUUCUGCUGUCACUGACAUCACUGGCUCCACCAUUUGUUUCCCAUCAGUGUCAGGAGGACUCAUGCAUUCUGACUCUCCCUUUUUGCUCUGUUUGAAAUAUCCCUUACUGAGCUUUAGAGGCAGCUUUGUAAUAAAAUGAUGGAACAUUACAAUGUGAACUAAAGCUGGGGCUGGAACUCAAAAUGGGGAGAAAACCCAAAAGGCCACAUGCUUGCCCUUCGGUUGUAAAAUCUGUACUCUUAUUUACUGUAGAAUGUAGUGUGUUGUGUGAGGGUUGCAUAGCAACAAAAUAAAGUUUAUCUGUGUAAGGAAA